AUGACGACAGAAUCUUCCAAGACUGUCACUGAACUAAAGCAUGGCUGGAAGUUCAGGCAAACCGAUCAGUCGGCGGACGAGCUACUGCCCGUAUCUCGGUUCCCGACAAACAUCCACCUAGACUUGAUGCACCACAACAUCAUCCCCGAUCCCUUCGUCGGCACCAACGAAGAGAAGGUGCAAUGGGUGGGCGAGAAGUCCUGGACCUACGAAACGAGGUUCGCCAGCACUGAGAAGGUAGGAAGCAACCAGAUCGACCUUGUCUUUGCUGGGCUGGACACCCACGCUGCCGUGUUGCUCAACGGGGUGGAGAUCCUCAAGACGGAGAACAUGUUCAUCGCGGAAAGGGUCGACGUCACCAGUGUCGUGAAGGGACCUGGGCAGGAGAACCAUCUCGAGAUUCGCUUCGAUAGCACCUGGACCAUCGGCAAGCAGCUUAAGGCGGCCAACCCUGAUCAUCGCUGGAUCGGAUGGAACGGCGAUGUAAGUCGGCUGGCGGUUCGCAAGGCGCAGUACCAGUAUGGUUGGGAUUGGGGUCCUAAGCUCAUGACAUGCGGCCCGUGGCGAGCAAUUACGCUCGAGACCUACUCAGCUCGCAUCUCCGAUCUCCAUAACACGACCGACGUCGACCAUUCCCUCGAGUCGGCCAGCGUCACUGCAGAGGCUAGCAUCGAGGGUAGUGACAAAGCAUCCGAGGUUGUCUUUAGAAUUAGUCUCAACUCUGCUACACUGGAUGAGAACAAGGUACAGGUUCGCCAUGGCAAAGCGUCUGUCAUUUUCAACAUUCAAAAGCCAGUGCUAUGGUACCCGCACACAUACGGAGACCAGCCUCUCUACUUGGUCUCAGCGCAGCUAUUCUCUUCGAAGGGUCAUCUCCUGGACGAGUCAAGCAAGAGAAUUGGCUUGAGGGCAGCCAAACUCGUUCAGCGGGAUCUCGAUGGCCAGUCUGGAAAGUCCUUCUUCUUCGAGAUCAACAACGUGCCCGUCUUCUGUGGAGGCAGCGACUGGAUUCCGGCAGACAACUUCGUGCCGAGGAUCACGGCUCAGCACUACAGAGACUCGGUUCGGCUCGCGGCCGAGGGCAAUCAGAUCAUGAUCCGCGUCUGGGGCGGCGGCAUCUACGAGGAGCCGGCUUUUUACGAGGCGUGCGACGAAUACGGGAUCCUGGUGUGGCAGGACUUCAUGUUUGCAUGUGGCAACUACCCAGCGAACAAGGAGAUGCUCCAUCUCAUCCGGCGUGAGGCCGAAUACAACGUGAAGCGGCUUCGUCACCACCCUUGCCUUGUGCUAUGGGCAGGUAACAACGAGGACUACUGGAUCAGGGAGCUGAACGACCUUGACUACGUGAUCGAAGACAAGGACCCGGAGAACUGGCUAAAGACGAACUUCCCGGCACGAUACAUUUACGAGAAGCUCCUACCAGAGGUGGUCAACGAGCUGUCCCCUUAUGUCAACUAUCACCCGGGAUCGCCAUACAGCGGAGCUCUCUCUACAGAUGACAAGGAGGGCGACAUCCACCAGUGGAAUGUAUGGCACGGCAAGCUGGACAGGUGGCAGAACUACGACCAGCUCGGCGGACGCUUCGUCUCUGAGUUCGGCAUGGAAGGUUUCCCUCACAUCAAGACCAUCGAAGCCUUUCUGCCCCUGGGCGCUGCCGACCCCGACCGCUUCCCCCAGUCGCGCACCAUCGACUUCCACAACCGCUCCGACGACUUCGAGCGGCGGAUCGCCACGUACCUGGGCGAGAACCUCCGAUACCAGCCCUCCCCGCUGGAGAGGUACGUCUACGCCACGCAGCUGAUGCAGGCCGAGAGCGUGGCCAGCGCGUACCGGCUGUGGAAGCGGGAGUGGAAGGGCCCCGGCAGGGAGUUUUGCGCCGGAGCCCUGGUCUGGCAGACUAACGACUGCUGGCCGGUCACGUCGUGGGCCAUCGUGGACUACUACCUGCGCCCGAAGCCGGCGUACUACGCGGUGAAGCGCGAGCUCGAGGCCCUGACGGUGGGCGUCAAGCGCACGGGGGACAGCGCCGUGGUGCCGAGCCCGGACGGCUGUGAUGGCGACAUGCUGGAGAUCUGGGCGACCAACUUGAGCGUGGAGUUGAGCAGCGUCACGGUUGAGCUCAGGGCCUGGGACGCGUACACGGGCCGGCAGACACACGCGGGCACCGUCACCCCUCAGCUGCUGCGCCUCGAGCCGAACCGCAGUACAGAGAUUGCCAAAAUCGAGGUGCCUGUGCAGACCAAGAAGGCGGGUCUGGAGAGACAGACGGUGGUGGCUGUGUACUUGCUGGACGAAGAUGGGAGACAAGUCGCACGCCAUGUCAACUGGCCCGAGCCGCUCAAGUACCUGCACCUGAAGCGGCCCGAGAGACUGGAAAUUGGGAUAACGGAAGGCAGAGACGCUGUGUACAUCCGGUCGGACGUUCCGAUCAAGGGUCUAGUGCUCGAGUCCGAUGAUGAGGAUGUCUGGUUCUGUGAUAAUUUGGUCGACGUUGUCCCCGGGGAGACGCUGACUCUCAAGGCUACAGGGCUCAAAGGUGGUGAUGAGUUUAGAACGGAGUAUUACGAGUAG